AUGUCCACCACUGCUAUCUCGUUCCGGCUCCCCAAAGCUGCGAGCCAAGGCUUCCAGAACGCUCCUGCUUACGACACCCACCGGCCCCAUACCCUCAAGAAGCCGUCACUUCGUUACUUUCCGCGCUGGGACUACUGGGCAAGCAAAAUACCAAGAUCCUCGAGAUUGCCGCUGGCACGGGGAAGUUCACCGAGCUGCUUGCCAACCGAGAGGAGGGAUUCAAUCUCGCUGGGAAAGGAACUAAAGGGUGUCGAUGUGAGGGAUGGUCAUGCGGGAAGGUUGGCGGUGGAGGAUGACGAGUGGGCGGAUGGGUAUAUUGCUGCGCAGAGCUUUCAUUGGUUCGCAAAUGAGGAGACGUUGAAGGAAGCCCAUCGAGUCUUAAAAAAGGGGCGAGACAACAAAUCCCGUGAGUGGAAGGCAACGACUACGUGGGAGGAGAAACUGAACUCAUGGAUUUAUUCCAUAUCAUCCGACGGCCAGCCUCGUUUCCGCGAUGGCCAACGGAGAAGUGCCUUGGACAACCAACAACUAUUCGCGCUUCUACUUAGUGAGGAAACCGUGAAAUGGACGGUGUGGCUGUCGGAGGGUGCGCUUUGGUCUCGUAUCAACACUCUCAGCCAGGUGGCAAUACUGGAAGGGUCAGACAGAGAGGCGGCUGUCAGGGUGUUCAAGGAGGCGCUUCAGUCACCAGAUGUUGAGAGGAACGAGAAGGGAGAGAUUGCUCUUCAUGGCGUUACCUACUUUGUGUGGACCAAGAAGCUCGACUCUUUGAGAUUUCUUCCAAUCCACCAGCCCCCAAAACUCCUCAGCAGGAUAUCAGACCCUACCCCCAGGCCGCCGGAUGCAGUGAAUAACAGAUUAAAACUUCUUAAUCGGCAGCGAUAUACAUGA